GGCCAUAGCAAACUGGCCUUAGUGAUUAUAUACCAGGAAUAUAAAACGUUUAGUCCGUCUUCAGUGAUUAUAUUCCAGUAAUAUAAAAAGUUUGGAUAAAAUGGGCUUCGUAACCAAUGGCACGCUUCGUUUUUUUAAGUUUAGACUGUAACCUCCUCUGUUCACGUUAACUAUUUUAUUGUAUGCAGUCGCUCUGCGCGCGUGGGAAAGGUUGCGCCGCUCGCGCUGUCACAUUUCGUUUCCACUUUUAUUCAUUUAUUACGUGUUAAGGUGUCUGUGGAUGAAGCGCGUUACACAGACUGAACUCAAAGAAGCUGCCGCCGAUUGUGCACGAUUCAAUCUUCAACGUUCACACCUCUCCGGGUGUGCGCUUUCGCACGCAUUCCGAGACGCGUGCCUUUUGUCAGCGGGCCCGUCAGAAUCCACAGCGUCGCUUUGAAACGACUCUCAGAAAGAGUGUUUUGUGCAUUUUAUUUCAGGUCACAAAGCAUUUAAAAUAACAGUGCGCAUUUUUCAUUCUCGAAAAAGAAGGCGUGUAUAUGGGUGGAGUAUACGGGGGCGGAGUCAUGGCGAAGCAGCGGGUUUUAUUUCUGUAGCGUUUCGGGAGAAACACCAGAUUCACUGUCCUUUCGCCUCUCCGAUCUCAUUGACGGAAAAGAGCAUCUGUUGCUGUCAAACGUGAACCUGCUGGACAGCAAUCAUUUGGAGACCAAACUAACAUCCAAAAAGCUUCUGAAACCGCAGGUGGAGAAGCGUCGCAGGGAGAGAAUGAACCGCAGUCUGGAGAGUCUCUGUUGCAGGGGUUCCAGCACCAGCGCCCCCUGUCUGCCUGUCAGUGCUACUGCCUCUGUUCUCCCAAACUCUCAAUAUACACCUUUAUCUGCUACUAAUAUACACCCGCUUAUCUAGACCCUAUUUAAUGAGAAAAUUAUUGUUAAUUUGACUUUUAUUUUCUAAAAAGGAAGAUUUCUAUGGCUAUCAAAUAUUAUGUUUUGUCUAUAUGAAUUUAUAUCACUUAUUAUGUAUAUUAUGUCAUUUCUGUAUUUAUCACAUGACCAAGUCAUUGACAUGAACACUUGCAUAUCAAUAUAUUAUGGAUGCUGAAAUAAAGCCCAAGUCUGUGGAAAUGUUCUUUGCUCAUUUGACUUCAUUGUGAUUUUACUCAUCCAUGCCAUACUGACCACAGUUAGUUUUCUUUGUUUCCAGAAGUGCUCUUUUACACUGUAGAAACACGGUUUAAAAGAACAUAUAGUAAAUCAGAUCUUCGCGCUCACCUGCUAUUUCAAUGGCGCCUUUGACACCUCGCGGCUCCCCGUUGUCUGUUGUCAAUCGCGAUCUCGUGCCGCAUAAAUUAGAACAAAAGGUGCGGAAAGGCCACGCGCCAGUUCUCCUCACUUCCGGCGGUCGCACCUCUUUGAUGUCACCGGCCGGAGGAUCAAAGGCUCUGACUGCCAUGGGAACUGUAUGCUGUUAAAGGCCGCUAGCCGACUAAAGUUCGCCUGGCUACAUCUCUUAAAAAUCUACAUCAUCUUCAUACAACUUCAAGUUGCCUAAACAAUAAUCCAGUAACAGCAAUGUAUUUCUCACCGAAAAGAAAAUUCAGACAAAUAAAGACAGAAUACACAAAUAGUUUUGCUUAAAUUGUUUUUAUUAUAAAAUGAAGAAAAAAUACAAAGCUCUUUAUGAAAGCAAAUCACAAGUUAUCAUAAUAUGAAUUGAGUAACAUGUCCAGAUUACACGAACCUGUACAGAGUGCAUUUCUCUCAGAAAAGUUUACAUUUCAUCCCUAAUUGACUAACUAUUAGCUAUCAAUUAACACUGGGCAUGUCAUAGACUUAUGGUCUGCAUUAAAUGCAUGAUAGUUUUGAAUGAGUUUGGACACGUGCCCAUCCAACCAAAACAGUCCUUUAUUUUCAGUGUAACAUUGGGCAUCGUUUUACGCUAUGCAGGCCGAGGUUAUUAAUACAUUGGACUAAACAUACAGUCAAAUUCGCUCAUUUAAAUCCCAAAUUAGAGCUGCAUCCAGUUCCUGUACAUUUUGGAAACUUCCCUGAAAAGCACACAAUGGAAAUAAAUACAUGAAACUGAUUAAAAACAGAAAAUAGUUUAUUUUGGAUGUAAAAUGAGGCCCAAGCAUUUGUCAGAGCAUUGCUGUGGGUGUGAGCGUGGGAUCUGGUGCGGGAAUCUGUUCCCGUUGUUCGUGUGAAAGGAGCAAUUCGCUCAUUCUCCCCGGCAUAUUGUUACCUGUUAGAAUUGACUCGCAGCCGGCGACAGAAAGAGGUCCGUCAGUGCCAAGCACGCGUGCCUCGCCACGGGAACGGAUUCGCUCAGGUGGAGGUGACAGCAGCACGCGCUCAGUGUUCACACCGUAACAACGUCACCCCUCUCUUCACUCGCAUUUACAACACUGGAAAAUCUGCAUUUGCCUUUCAGUUAAUUCUACUCGUAUUCCCAGUGGGGCGAAGUGUGCUAUUGGUUACGGAACCCAUUUUAUCCAAACCGGUCUUCUUCCACAGAGAGAUGACAAGUGGGCUAAACGGAAAGACCAAUGAAGACUGGAACGUCCCUGAUAGAUGAUGAAGAAAGUCCUUUUUUAAUGUGAUAAAGAAAGGCGACAUUUAUUCAAAUACGUUUUAAUGCAACACCAUUCCGUAAUUUAACUGCACGAUACAAUUUGUCUUCACAUUUUUCGUUAUAUUUGGACAGUAGGCUAACGUUGGGAGAAUUCUCAAGUUUCCCAGAGCCGCGUGUAAUUGGUUUAAGUGGUUCACCACUGUAGGACGCGUUUAUUGGCUAUUAGAGGUGAAUUGGGGGCGGGCUCUUGAAGGCGGUGUCACAGGCCAGCUGGGCGGAGCUACAAAGAAUAAAGUCUCGUGAAGACACUGCUCAAACUCCACAGAGACUCACAGGAUCUAAACACGCACGGCCAGGACAGCCGAUACCGAACUCUGCUCCUCUUGCUGAUCGAUCAAAAGACACAGUGAUGGAGGUGAUAAUGAAGCCGGCUGGCACCAGCCUGAAGGUGGAUUUAAAAACAUCAAGAAAGCUUCUGAAACCGCAGGUGGAGAAGCGUCGCAGGGAGAGAAUGAACCGCAGUCUGGAGAGUCUCAGAGCGCUGCUGUUGCAGGGGUCCCAGCACCAGGCGCUGUUGAGUGGUCGAGUGGAGAAAGCAGAAGUCCUGGAGCACAGCGUGCUCUUCCUGCAGAGUGUGGGCCACAGAGGGGCAGCUGAAGGCAGGCAUCAGCAGGACUUCCAGGACGGGUUCUCCCGCUGCCUGCAGCGAGCCGCGCACUUCCUGCGGGACAACAGGGAGGGAGCGCUGAGCUCCGCCCUCUCCCAUCGCCUGACGCACCCUGGCCAGGUCCCCAGAGCUCCCAUCAGCCCCCGCUCUACCCACGCUCAGCCCAAGGGACAGUGUGCCCAGCUGGGGGUGCAGAACUGCCCCUGCAACCAGCAGCAUGGAGCCCCCCUCAGGAAUAACCCCCCCCACCAACGCACAGCACACCCCAACCUGCCCCAGCGCCCCCACAGAGAGGCUCUCACACCCCCCACAAACAGCCCCUCUCUCUGGAGGCCCUGGCCCUGAACGCUGCCUCCUGAUUUGACUGGGACACUGCAGUAAAGAUGAUGUCAUUGAUAAACUGCUGUAUAUGACAUCAUUCAAGCACUUAGAACAGACCCCCGUGUAAACACGGUGGCUAACAUGAUUUAGGCACUCUACAUAUUUAUUUAUAAUUCAUGUCACCAACAGUAAGAUUCAUGUAAACAUUUCAGGAGAAAAUGUGUUAUUUAAAAGAAAUAUAGUUUAUUAAAGUUGUAUGUAAUUAUUCUAAUAAGUUGGGUACAUAGCUUUUAAAUAUUUAGCAUUAUUCCCACUUACUAUGUUUAUAUGUUUGCGAUAUAUCUCAUCUUGGAUUUUAAUUCAUGUAAAAAUCUAUUUUUGCCAAAUUAAUUUUGCAUUUGUAGCA